GUCGGGUCGUCGUCAACUCUCUCUUCCGUCCAAUCAUCAUUCACUAUAAGAUCGCCUUUGAAAGCUCCUUGAUACCGCGAGAAGCUCGAACCGAGAGAAAAAUUGAGGCGGUAAUCCGGUUCUCCGGCGGAUUUCGCUUCGGAACGGAGGUCGGAGCUGUGAAAUGCGGCCUUCGAUCCUCAACCUCGCUUGCGUUUUCCUGGUUCUCUUCAGCUCCUCGUUUACGCCCUCGCUCGGCGAUCCUCGAAUCUCGGAGGCGGGCAUUCUAUGCCUCAAAUCCAACGUCACGUCCGUCUUGAACUUCCUCGACGUCAUGCUGAAAGUUCUCGCGAAAGUUACUGAAGAUCGCUGGGCUAAUGAUUCCGUAACCUCUCCGUUGCCAGAAAUCUAUGCACUGGCUCAGUGCCACGGCGACCUGAGCCGCGACGAUUGCCUCCUCUGUUUCGCGCAGAGCAGGACUUCACUUUCUCGAUGCACUAUCUUGGAUACUAAGGGGCGGUUGUAUCUCGACGGUUGCUUCAUAAGGUCCGAUUACUAUAAUUUCUUUAAUGAGACCGUCGAUCCACAGCACGACAUGGUCAAGUGUGCCAAUCAGUCCAGCAUUUCGGCCGAUCAGCAGGCGAGACAGCAGUUUGCUGCUAAGGUCGAUCGGGUGCUGAUGAAUGUGUCGGCAGUCGCAUCGGAGAACAAGGGGUUCGCCGUUUUUGGAGAGGCGAGGAGGGGAGGAGUUGCUGGCGUUUAUGCGCUGGCGCAGUGCUGGAACACUCUCGAUGAGAAGGGGUGUAGAGAGUGCUUGGCGAAUGCGAUGAUCAGGGCGAGGAACUGCACUCCUGGGGAUGAAGGGAGGGCUAUGAAUGCCGGAUGUUUCAUGCGAUAUUCGACUCAGAGGUUUUAUACUGUCCCUAUAGAUGGUGACUCGUUGAAGCUUGGGAUCAUCAUUGCUAUUGCUUUAUCCGUUGCUGCUGCAACUUCACUUCUUUUCAUCGGUGCUUAUGUUGGAUACAGAAAAUUAUCCAAGAAAAGAGAAGUCCAGAAGAAACUCUUUGGCGUUCCUGCAAUUUUAAGGAAGUCGAAUCUGAAUUUUAAUUAUGAAUCGCUUGAGAAGGCUACCAACUUCUUUGAUGAGUCGAGAAAAUUAGGCCAAGGAGGAGCUGGUUCUGUAUACAAGGGGAUCCUCCCUGAUGGAAGAGUUGUUGCCGUAAAAGUACUGGUGUUCAACACUCGUCAAUGGGUGGAUGACCUCUUCAAUGAGGUAAAUCUGAUCAGUGGAAUCCAACACAAGAACCUGGUCCGCCUUCUGGGUUGCAGCAUUGAAGGCCCAGAAAGCCUCCUAGUUUAUGAAUAUGUUCCCAACAGAAGCCUUGAUCAAAUCCUCUUCGUUAAGAAUGCGACCCAUAUCCUGAGUUGGCAGGAGCGGCUUAAUAUCAUCUCCGGAACAGCUGAGGGGCUGGCAUUUCUUCAUGGACCUUGUGGAGUGAAAAUAAUACACAGAGACAUCAAAAGCAGCAAUGUCCUUCUCGACGAGGAUCUCACAGCAAAGAUUGCUGACUUUGGACUUGCUCGAUGUCUUGAUCCAGAAAAAUCUCAUCUUAGCACCGGUAUCGCAGGGACACUGGGUUAUAUGGCUCCAGAGUAUCUUGUUAAGGGACAACUAACAGAGAAAGCGGAUGUUUAUUCUUUCGGUGUGCUGGUCCUAGAAAUUCUAAGUGGUAGGAAGAACAGAAUCUUCGGGCAGGCCUCAGGUUCAGUUCUGCAAUCAGUUUGGAAGCAAUAUAAAUCAAAUAGUCUUGCUGAGUGCAUCGAUCCUGUGUUGAAAGGCAAGUUUCCCGUCUCAGAGGCAUUGAAUGUGAUUCAAAUCGCGCUUCUUUGCACCCAAGCUUCCCCAGAUUUACGACCAUCCAUGUCUGAAGUAGUUGAGAUGCUCAACGACCAGGAGUGUAAAGUACCCAUGCCAACGCAACCCCCAUUUCUCAACAAUAAUCCAAUUCCAGAUUACUCCAGCAGAAGCUCGAACAUGAAUACUGGGAUCACAAACCAACUGACAAAUUCUGAAAUUUCCUUCGCUUCCACCAUUAGCCUCCGGACCACUAUUUAUUCUUCAGCCGCAUGUGAUGAGAUGGGCAUAUGGUCCUGUGAGAAGGAUUGCAAGGAGUCCAAUGGCCAGUAAUGCUCGAGCGUUCCUUGAACCCUGAUCGGGAAAUCGGGAUGAGAAGAUCUGCGCAGCGAGACAGGGUAAAGAUGCGGCUGCUGUGCAAGAGAUUGCAGAAGCUCCAUGGUGCAUCGGUCAUGUCUUAUGCUGGCCGUUUCCCACUUAAUGGAGUCGGAGGAACCCAUGUACAUAUUCUUAUUUUAUUUAUUUCCUUUAUCCUCCAUUUUCUCUUAGUAUUGCCAAUUCCACUCAAUUUACACAGGAAGUACAGUGACUCAUGGAAACAGAAUCACAAUUGUGUAGGAGUUCAUGCUAGCUUCUUUCAUGUCCUGUAAUCUCAUAAAUGAAAAGCAAAACCCCAAGAUUCUGCCUC